GGUCAAGAGGAAAAGAAGCAUGGCCGCUGUGUUAAGAGGGUCUCGGUGCCUAGUUGGAAGGUGUUACAAACAUGUUGACUUUGCACUUGUCUCCACAAGGUCCAUGGCCUCAAAGACACAGGUGGGGUUCGUCGGACUGGGCAACAUGGGAAACCCAAUGGCGAAGAACCUGCUGAAGCACGGAUACCCGGUCAUCGCCACAGAUGUCUUCCCAGAGUCCUGCAAAGAACUGCAAGAGCUUGGUGCUCAGAUUCUGGAUAAUCCUGCUGAAGUAGCUGACAAGGCAGACCGUAUCAUCACCAUGCUCCCUUCUAGUCCCAAUGUCAUUGACGUGUACACUGGACCCAAUGGGAUUCUCAAGAAGGUGAAGAAAGGCUCACUUCUCAUUGACUCCAGCACCAUUGACCCAUCUGUUUCCAAAGAGAUGGCAGCUGCUGCUGAGAAGAUGGGGGCAGUUUUUAUGGAUGCGCCUGUAUCAGGAGGUGUGGGGGCUGCCAGUUCAGGGAAGCUGACUUUCAUGGUGGGAGGAGUGGAGGAAGAAUUCACUGCAGCCAAGGAGUUGCUCAGCUGCAUGGGAGCUAAUGUUGUGUACUGUGGUCAAGUUGGGACUGGACAGGCUGCUAAAAUCUGUAACAACAUGCUAUUAGCCAUUGGAAUGAUCGGCACUUCAGAGGCAAUGAAUCUUGGAAUCAGACUUGGUCUUGAUCCCAAGCUGCUGGCCAAGAUCUUGAACAUGAGUUCAGGGCGGUGCUGGUCCAGUGACACCUACAACCCUGUGCCUGGAGUCAUGGAGGGAGUCCCCUCUGGGAACAACUACCAAGGAGGCUUUGGCACCCAGUUGAUGGCUAAGGAUCUCGGGCUCGCACAGAACACAGCCACCAACACAAAGACCCCAGUGCCUCUCGGCUCUUUGGCCCACCAGAUAUACCGCAUGAUGUGUGCCCGCGGCUACGCCAGUAAAGAUUUCUCCUCUGUGUUCCAGUUUCUGCGGGAGGAGGAGGGCCAGUAGAGAAAGUCAGUCUCCAUCCCGUCCACAGCCUUACCAGGCCUGGCCCUGCUCCACACAGGACUAACGUAGCGUAGUAUAAGGGUGCAUUUUGCCCCCGAGGACUGUUUCUUCCCAAGUUGUGAAUCGAGACAAAGUCAAGAUGGCUCCAGCACGAUGUGACAGAUCAUAUGAGCACUAUCUCCUGUCGGAAAUCAUGUUUUCCUGUGUGACCUUGCCUUUAUAUAAAGCAACACUCCUUUAAGUUUUAAAAGCCAGAGAAUUUUCAGAUAUGUGAAGUAUCUUCACUGCUCAUUAGGCUGACUAGCAGAGACAACUGUGCCCAUGUUACUACUCAGUUGUAGACAGUAUGGUGGGAAUUUUUGAUCAUUUCAUGAAUAUGCCAACACUAGACAACUGAGAAAACGGUUUGCUCACAACACAUUUAUCUAUUGAUUGUGAUCAUGGAUUUCUUUUUGUUGCCGCUCUUCCUUUUCCUGUUCAUGAGGGUCAUUUCUUUUGACAUUGGAUUUGUUACUUUGAUAUAAGAUCUUCAAGUCAUAUCGUAGUGUUUGAAAAUAAAGGAGACAAUGUAAUGUCUUAAUCACA